AUGUCAUCUCCGUCGGAUUCCUCUUCCUGCACAUCUGAAAGUGAUCUAGAAAGUUUUACAGUUGACGAAGUGAUGGGGGAAUUGUCUGAAUUUGCGCCGUACGACGACAGUUGCGAACCCCUUGCUACCGAGGAAGAAGCCGCGGACUACAACGAAAGAGUUCAUCGCGAAGAAGAAGAGGAAGAACAGUUUCAGCGAAGAUAUUCGGGAGAGGUGCCAGCGAAUGAAUGGUAUUGUAUUAUCAUGGAAUGUAGAUUUAUAUUUUUAUUUUCCAAUUUCAACAUACCCGUCGUUAAAUCGUGCGCGUGAGGAACGCGACUGUGUGUUUUGUUUAAGUUUACAAUUUCGUUGCUAUGUGAUUAACUGUAGUCCUGAUUUUAUGCGAUAGUGUUAUUGAAGAGGUCAGACAAUUAAUAAUUUUAUACAAACGUAUUUUUCUUGUGUUUGACGAAUUUUUCACAUUAUUUUGCAGGUGUUCGUGCUCGAACUGCUCUGUCAGCCUUGUUACAAAAGCGCAGGAGUGCAUUUGCUGCAAAGAGAUCGAUCGCUGCGAAGAGGUCAUGGAAGAAGCCAUUGGAGACCGAACCUUAUGCAUAACCCUCCAUCCAGGGUUUGAAAGCGUCUGCUUAAACCGCCACGUAUUAGAAGUGGCUGCACUGGGCCUAAAAACGCGAGCUGGAAAGUCGUACACAACUGUUCGUGGGCAAAGCAACAAAAGUGAUAAUGAGUAAGUUGGGGUAUUGUUGACUUUGUAUCGGAACGAUCGAACCGUACAUAGCACUGAAUAAUUGAUACAUCUAAGUUUAUCGCCGUGGACUGAUCUCAUAGAAUCACAUUUUUUAUUUUCUAAAUGGCUUUAUUGUCCCAACUGCUUAUUUUUAAAAGGAGUAUUAAUUUAUCUCCAUCCAAUCCCUCCUUGAAUUAACAGUGAUCUCAUUUCUCUAACUAGAUUCCUGAGGUCUGUGGCCUAUCGCCAAUUUACAAGACUGCUGUGGAGUUAUAUUGGUAGUUCCAGGCAAUACCCCUUGCCCUGUUGUGCCUACAAUAAAAUCAGGAAACAAUUUCCGAGUCAAAAUGGCCAUUAUCGUGGAUUCGAAGAUGAAGAAAAUGAAUAA